GUGGUAUGAGCCAUGCGAAGGCGGACAGUCUGGAUAUGCAGUCAGUGGCGCAGGCCUUUCGAGAUCAUUCAGCUGCGGCAACACGGAGUGGAUAUAUAGAUGCAUUGAACUCUGAUCAAUUCACUUCGAAGUUCAUAGACGUACAUAUAUACACGCCCUUCGAAGAAUCAUCAGAAUCGGAGAAUUCAAAACCCCUCAAACACAAUGACCAGCACACCUCUCCCUCCGACAUUACAAAUCACCCACCUCGAUGCCUGGAAAUCGAACCUCCUCGCCAUGGGCGUGCAAACAGCUCUCGCAAUAAACGAGCCCGGUUCAUCAUCAGAAUCACCACAAUACACAAUCACCCUUCCCAAGUGCUACUACGGCGAUCUGAUCCUAUCAGAUAGCGAAGGCAACCAUUUAGCAACAUCGUCUAAAGAACGACAUCGCAAGACCGAAUACCACAUCACCUUGUCAGAGCCAGGCCUCGAAUCUAGAACAGAAGUCUUCCGACGCACGACCCGUUCGAACAAGAAAUGGCGGUUUGCGAUGAAAGUCGAUAAUGGACAGACGGAAUACUUCGAAUGGCGGCGAUCGAAAGGGGAAUUGGCGAAGGAUCUUGCGAUUCGAUCUACGACUUGGUAUCUCGUGCGUCUGUCGUCGCUGCAAAGCGAGGAAGUGGGAGGAGGCAAGGAAGCGGAUGAUGUGAGCGAUGGUGGUGUUUCUUCGGUUAGUGAUUCGCAUGCGGAGGAAUCAUCGUCACCAGAGGUCGUUGCGCUUUGGACCCGGGCCAAGUGCUGGAAGACGAUACAUGGGGUCGGAGAGUUGCAGUUGAAGGGAGCUGGUGCGACUGGUGAGCUUGGAGCCGGAUGGAGCAUUAUGGCACUGAUGAGUUGUUUGAGCAUUUGGCAGAAGACGAAUCGGGACGAAAUUUGUCUUGUGGUGGCGACUUAG